GACUCCGCGGGUGGCCGGCCCGCCGGCGGCGGGCAGAGGCGGCCGGUGACCGGCGCUCGGCCUCAGGAGCUUUACCCUUAGCCUAUUUUAAUUUUGUAUUUAAUUUUCCCCCCGGGUGUUUGGCACUUUUCAAGAGGCGGCGCCCGCUGGCUGGGAGCCCUGGCUGCCGUCCGGCGCGGCGCGGAGCGGGCCGCCCCUGCUCCCCGGCGGGGAGCGAUGCUGCCGGCCCCCCGGGGCUCUCCGCCGCCCGCCUGCGCUCCCGGGGGCGCCUGAGCCGCCGGCGGGGGCGCGAAUGGAGGCCGAAAGAGCCGCCUGCCAUGUGCGGGGAUAGCGGGUGGCCCGGCGGCGGGGCGGCGGCGGGACCAUGGUGAAGGAGGAGUGCAAGGCGCUGCUGGACGCCCUCAACAAGGUGACCGCCUGCUACCGGCACAUGGUGCUGACCAUCGGCGGCACCUCGGACUCCCAGAACCUGCGGGAGGAGCUCAAGAAGACCCGGCAGAAGGCCCAGGAGCUGGCCGUAGCCAACAGGAACAAGCUUACCACCGUCCUGAAGGACAAAACCGUGAGUAAGGAAGAUAAAGCCGAGUUCGAGAGGCUAUGGGUGAUUUUCUCCACGUGCCUAGAGAUCCUGGAGAUCGACAUGAGGAGAGCCCUGGAGCUGGGCCACGAGUUCCCGCUAAACGUCCCCAAAAAGCACCUGAUCCAGACAGGGAUGAGCGGGGGAACCUCUGGGGUGGCCGCCAGGGCCAUGAGCGUCCAGAACAUGAAAUAUGAGGCUGAGCACAAUAUUGACGUGGUGGAUUUGAAAGACCUCGAGAACGAAAUCAACCAGGUAGGAGAGAUGAUGUACGAGAUGGAAAUGAAGGUCAGUGUCCCCCAGUGGACAGUGGAGGCUAAGCAGGACCCAGGGGCUGAACUCAAAUCCACCAUCAGCGUGGGCGCUUCUUCCAUCGGCAUGAUCUCUGUGGAGGAGAAUAAAUCCUUCUGCGAUAUCAGCAAGGUCCUGGCUGGGAUUAUUUUCUCCGCGGUGCUCAUUAUUGCCAUUGUUCUGGCCGUGUGCGUGGUAAAACUCUCUUAGGGUGGUACAGGCUGUGACAAGAGGGACCCCCUCCAGCCCAUCCUCAGAGUGCUUCAUGCCCUGCACCUUUUUUUUCAGGACGGGUCACUUGGAUGAGCUGAGAAUUUAAACCUAGCGCUUGAAAAAACAAAGCAAAACUUUUGCCUCCCAAUAUCAUAAAAUACAUGGUUUGUUUCUUUUGCUUUCUGAAGAAAAGAGAUGCAAAUCAGCCUGCAGAAUAGGGUGUCUUCACUGGCUGGACUUGUAACAGUUAACUAUGAAGUAUCAGGGUAUUAUCACUACUGGCUAUAACAGGGAUUUGUUUGCUAUUAAUAGAUCACUAUUCUCAGAAGCCUGUAUUUUUUGUUCUUAAGUAGGCCUUGGUGUUUGCUGCUGGUAGCUGUUUACAGUAUUUGAGAGUAAAACAAAUUUGGAGGCUAACACGGGUGUUUGACAAAGUGAAUAGAAUUUUUUUUUUCUUCAAACACACGAAAUAUUAUUUCAGUGGAAGAAAAGAGGAAGGAUGAAAACCCCAGUAAAAGAAUGUAAACAGCCUCUAUUUUAGAUAAGUUAAUGGUUUUUGGGGGGGUGGGGGGGGUGGAGAGGAGGAUGGAGAAAACAAGCAGUGUUUGAUUACCAAAUACUGUUUGUUGAUUUAGACCCCAGUACAGAACCCGGUUGCAUGGGUUGGCACAGCAUAUGUGAAUGACUAAUCACUUUCCAAAUCCAGAGAGAAAAAGGGGAGAGUUGCAUAUUCAGAAAAAUAUAGCCUCAUUGUUUUCAUCCACAUCCACGAUGUUGUCUUCCCGUGUAGAAAGACUGAUUCUUGUCACUGGUUCAGAUUUUUCUUUCUGUAGAAGCAGUUUGCACUUCACAAUUAACUAUGAAAAUAAGAGCAAUGAAUCUACCCACAGCAGGAGUGGUAAUUUUUGAAAAUAGAUUUUGGCACACAAAAAUGAUGUUGUGUUAAAGCAGACCUUUCUAAUAAUCCAAAAAGAGAUCCCCUGUCCUCUUGACAGGCAGGGAUUGAUGCCUGUGUAUAUACAGUCACAUUUCUGCAAGCUCAUGAAUUCUUUGCAGAAAUCCAGACAGAACUAAAAAUGUAUCUCAGUUGUGUCUGAUUAAUCAUUUGGGAGACAGGAAGCUUGCAGGAUUGGUCUGAUUUGGCACGCUGCGAAUUUGGGAGGUGAUAAGUAGCAUGAAAUGCUCCACUGCUUCCCUGUAGCAUUGUCACUACUUAAAUGUAAAAUGUCUGCGGGGACAGACACCAACUUUGCAGAGAAAGCUCUACAAUGUUUUGUAAAAGGACCUAUGUAUUAUGGUAUUUGCUGUGUAACUUAGGGGAAUGUCUCCCACUACUGCGAACACACCCUAUCAGUUCAAGAAUGCUUGGUACAUACUUUAUAGCGCUGUAGUUGUGUGAGGCACUCCACAGGCAAACAUAGAUACCCUGUAAUACUGGGGUUUUAAUAAGUUACUAUUCCUUUACAUUGAUUAUUAUGGACACAUUAUCAAAAAGUAACAAUCAUUGGAUGUGUUUUGUGAAGUUACUGGGCAAUAGUCUUCAUGCUUGUUAGAUAAAAUUAUGCUCACAGCACUGAUAAACAGCUAAAAUUUUUGAGUUAAGAACUAAACAUACUUUGAAAAACUGCAGCAAACAGCUUAUUCUUUAAAACUUAAGAGAACUGAGUUUGGGCAGAAAAAGUGUGUGACAAAUUUGAACCUGGUCACUUAAGUGAGAAAAAAAAAUUCUGCAUGUGAGGAAAAACAGAAAGUGGGGGCCUGAAUGAAAGGCUGUAGACUAUCGUUAAGUUGAAGGAUAACGAGUCCUGCACAUUGAUCCAAUUUAGCUCCAUUUUCCUUGGAAUUCAGUUACACGAGACGACUCCACAUUCCUUUCACUCAUUCCAUAGGAUGUGUUUUAUACGUAGUUACUGUAGGUUCGUAGAGAUCCCCAGCAGCAUUCUAACAAAGGCAGUCCUGUAUUUGUCAGUGCUACUGUUUCUGUCCGUCUAGACAAGGUAUAAUUGCUGUGUGUUUAUUUAAAUGAAAAGACCUCCUUCACAAUCACAUUGAGUAAACGUAUUUGUGGAAAAUACAGCAAAAGCUGCAGGAGAAUAUACAUAUUUGGAUUGCUACCGCUAGUCACUAAGGAUUUGUGGCUAUUUUCACUCUUUGCACUCUACUUAGUACACAGGAAAGUGGGUAACAGGCUGGACUCCAAAAACUCCAUGUUCCUUCUGAAAUGGGACCAUUUAACCACAUGUUCUGAAAACCCGAGUAACGCAAGUCUGGUUUCUGGUGGAUAAGUAAAUGGUAACACCUACAGCAAUCAUUAUCUUGUAUCUUGGUAUGCUGAAGUGGGUGUGCUGUUUAUCCAAGGUUAGUUGCAUAGAAGAAUUUUUAAGAAUAGUUAAUCUUCAAAAGCAAGCCCCAGUGACUUAGUAAAUUGUAAAUUUUCAGUCCAUUGCAUUUAUUUUUUUUUUCAUUUGGAUUUUUGGAUACAGGACUCAAAGAAUUCAUACGAGUAGCCUUUAAUGAUCUAAGUCUUGCUUCGUUAUGAAUGUACACACCAUUAGUAUUUAAAGGACUGGACCUUGGAAAAAUAAUGCAUUUUCAAAUCUUAAGAUAAAGCUGGCUGCAGAUUUACUAGUUUAUUCCUAGAAAUCUGUAUCAUCUUAUAUUUAGGUGAUCUAAAAUUAAUAGAUAAGUAGAAUUCUAACAGAGGAUGACCACCAGCUAAAUGGAUAACGUUGCUGCCAUUCGUCUCCUAUGCUUGAUAUGAGUGUACGCUCAUCGUGACAGAGUCCAGGCACGACAGCGCACAAAAUCAAAACAAGAUGAAACCAUCGUUGCCCUAAAGUACUGAUGCCUCUUUUAAAUUAAGAAAUAAAGAGAUGUUGUAGAUUUGCAGUCUUCAUUUUCUUUCCCCGCUGGAAUGCAACUGAAAGGAGACCAGAAAUGCUAUUUUUGUAAGUGGAAAAUGGGAAGUCAAACUUCCAAAUACGCUGUAUUUAAAUAGCAUGAUGAAAAGGCAAAUACUCUCAUGCUGAUGAGUGAAUGAGAAUGUCAUUGUGUUUUCAGUACAAAAGAGGAUGGUCAUUGCUUAAUUUCAGUGUUGUUCUACUUACAGUUCUUUUGUCUUUAUUCACAGGAUACACAUUAAAUUUGCUGUAUACUAAAAUCUUAUUCCGUACUUGAAUUACACUGGUUUUGCCUGUGCAUGGGUGGUAUUUUCUACACUUUGAAUAAUUCAAACUUGUUACAGUCACUAUUUAUUUAACUUAAAAUAAAGUACAUUCUUGUAACUUA